AUGGUAACCAGAGGCCUCUGGAAUUUGCACAUAAAUGGUAGCAAAUGGUUUCGCCACUGUCACCCUCAAGCACGCACCAGCUCUCCAGGCGAGGAAGCCACAUUUGAGAAAGUGAAACAGCUUCAAGAGGAAAAGAACAAAUCUAAUGAUUGGGAAGAAAUUCCUUUCCCAUGCCCACCCCAAUCCAGUUUGGACUAUGUCUACACGGUCGAUCUGGAUGACGCGUCCAUAAAGGUCUCUGCAUGGACCAAAACCGAUGGGGUUAUACCAUCAGUUUUCCAAAUCAAAUUUGAGGAAGUUCAUGAAGCUUCAGAUCUAUCUCUUCAGUCUUUACUCCAGAAAGCAAGCAGACCUUUAGAGCGAUAUUUAAAACCGACAUCGAAAAACCAAACUGACUCCACUGUCUCUGGCGAUUUGAGCAUCCACAUUAAUGCACCAACACCCCUGAAUGAGCUCCAAUAUCGGCUUUUUACGGACUUCAUCUUUCAAUGGAGGUUCUACAUUGACGAUCACAUGUUAUGGCAGUACCCCUCAAUGCUACUUAAUACACUUGUUAUCGCCGUUCUACGUCUUGCUGCCUGGGAUCUUGAAAUAACACACGAGAGCAUCGAUAGUCGGGUUGAGCUGCCGAUCAAUUAUAGAUCUCUUCCGAGUUGGGAGAGCCCAGGAUCACACACGUUUUGGUUCCACGGCUUCCUUGUCGUUAUCUGUGAUACACUUGAAGCGAGCUCAUCGGUGACCGAGGCAGUUCUGCGAGCUAAGGAAUUGCUCGAUAACUACAACAGAAUAAGCGAAAACGUCCGAUUAAUUCUUGUUUCAUUGCGCCAUGUUCAAUUCAUUGAGCUCUCACCAGAGGCUGUAAUGAGCUCUGAUGUGCUCCCACUAGUUGUCAGUACAUCGGCAGAGCAAUGUUCACCCGGUUUCCGUGCACUCGCCCAUGUUUUAUCCUCCCCCUGCUGGAAAGAUUCGAUUGCCUAUAGAGAAACAUGGGGCAUCGACUUGCCUCCUGAAAUAUUGGAUAUGAUACUCGGAGCACUGGGGCCUCGAGAUAUCUUAACGUUUUGCAAAUCUUCUUUGGCAGUUGAACGUUGGUAUUAUUCUUCAGUGCCCCAAUUUGAUGACAUUAGAGUGCGGCAAUUCGACUCCUCAGUUCCAUGUUGCGGUAAAUUGGACAGAAUGGAUGCUGCUGUUUGUUGUUCCUUGUGUUAUGCUUGGAGACAUGCAGAGUGCAUUGGCUUGGCUUGCACCCCGCCUGGUCGUCAGUACAUCUGUCCUGAUUGCCAUGAGAACAAGAAUUGCAAGAUUCUUAUCCCAGGUGCUAUUAAUGAAACCAGUAAGCGGAAAAAGAGAGGCCCAGGGUGUCGUGUCAGAGUUGCAGGCAAUUCCAAACUCCUUGAACAGCGUCUUUCUUUGCCUACACAUCUCCGACCAGAACUUCGGCUUUUAAGGGAUAUCGGCCCUGCACCACCAUUGCUUAUCGACUACGCAAUACAAUUUGGCGGCGUUUUCUCGGGUCUAGCAUAUGGGCUGGAUGAAGACCCGGCCAACUAUACCAUAGAACCAUAG